AUGAGUUGGAGGGAGUUUGUUUGGCCGGGCGCGGAUAGCAGUAGGUUCCUCACAGGCCUUUUCAUCGGAGAUGCUGAGACCGUCAUGGGCAUCUGGGUCCCUAAUGCGGAGGCCAUGGCGCAGGGGGCCAAGUGUCGUGUCCAUCGAUGGGAAAACAUCAAGCAUGGCGGCCUGCGACUUGACCGUCGUGCUCGGCGUCUUCAACGUGCCCGCCUCUCCUCGGACCACUUGCAGCGCCUCUGCACCUGGGCCCCAUGGUUCGACGGCAACUUCAUCAGCACGGUCCUCGAGACGCCGCGCCGGCUCGAAACGGUGGCGACGAUCCAGGGGUUCUCCGUGGACUUGGUCUUCGCGUGGGGCAGCGCCGAGGGCCUCGGCGUGCCCCUGGACAAGCCGCUGAGCGAGGUGCCGGUCUACGUGGAGCAGCUGGAGGGGCUGGUGAAGGCCAAGAGGGCCUAUGCUGGAUUCAACCACUCUUUCGUCGUGGCGGACAUGCCGUACAAGUCCAUUGUCUGA